CAUCGCCAUUAAAUUUUUUCUCCCCAAAAGUGAGAAAGCUUGAGGGGGUAUAAGUACGAUGAUGAGUUGGGGGCUCCUACAUCAGGAGAGGAGCUUUUGGAUGCAGUUGAGGAAGACGGUAGGAGCAGCAGACACCUUCGCCUCCGCUUCCGGCAUUCAUAUGAUUCUUGUGUGAGGCUUAAGCAAUCUUCACCUCCUCUCUACGCCUCUUUCACAUGGACAGGUCUUCCUCUCUGCUAGUCUAAUCUUUCUCACUAGGUGUGUGAUCCUCAGAACUCCAUCCCUUUUUCAUUCACAAACAAGAAUAUUAGAUCCCUUCAUUUUGACCAAUCGUGAACUGAUUUUUCACAACCUUGACCGCCACCUCUUGCUCAAGUGAAGCAAAAUCAUAGGUCUUUGCUUCGAUGUCAUGCAUCCCCCCACACUUUCAGCAAGCUGAGCAAACUCUGAACCAUCUCAACUAGCAGUCCCAUAUCUCCAUUUUCAAACCUUAAACCCGUACCCACUCAUCCUUCUGCUUUUGUUCUUGGUUCAAAGUUUCGGAUGGUGUGUCAUAACCUAUUAUUAUUUGAAACCGUCAACCCUCCCCUUCCAUGUCAAAGAAGCCCUUAUCCUUAAUGGUGUUUCGAGCAUCAAACUUCCUCACAUGCAUUGUUUCCACUCUCCAUGCUGCACUCAAGUCUGCUGAUCAUUCUCAUCAGUUCCAAAAUGGUUUGCUCUGGUGAACUCUAAACGCCACCACCGUCACCAUUACCAUAAAAAGUGGCAGUAGCAAAUCCACCACCACCAGAACACCAGAGAACAAAACCCAAAUGAAGAAGUUUAGGACCAUUUCCACCACCUCAGUCCUUGUCCCAUUCCUCUUCAUGGCCAUGGUCUCGUUCUUGAAGACCACCACAUCCCUCUCCCCCGAUGGCAAGGCCCUCCUCUCCCUCUUAGCCGCCGCCGCCUCCUCCUCCUCCGUCCUCCUCCCCUCAUGGGACCCCUCCCACCCCAACCCCUGCUCCUGGCAGGGCGUCACCUGCUCCCCUCAGGGCAGAGUCAUCUCCCUCUCCCUCCCCAACACCUUCCUCAACCUCUCCUACAUCCCUCCAGAGCUCUCCUCCCUCACCUCCCUCCAACUCCUCAAUCUCUCCUCCGCCAACAUCUCCGGGCCCAUCCCCCCAUCCAUCGGCGCCCUCUCCUCCCUCCGCUUCCUCGACCUCUCCUCCAACUCUCUCUCCGGACCCAUCCCCUCCCAGCUCGGCUCCCUCUCCUCCCUCCAGUUCCUCCUCCUCAACUCCAACCACCUCUCCGGACUCAUCCCCCCGACCCUCGCCAACCUCUCCGCCCUCCAGGUCCUCUGCCUCCAGGACAACCUCCUCAACGGCUCCAUCCCCUCCCACCUCCGCUCUCUCCUCUCCCUCCAGCAGUUCCGCAUCGGCGGCAACCCCUACCUCACCGGCCGAAUCCCGCCCCAACUCGGCCUCCUCGCCAACCUCACCACGUUCGGUGCCGCCGCCACCGGCCUCUCCGGGCCGAUCCCGUCGGAGUUUGGCAACUUGGUCAGCCUCCAGACGUUGGCGCUCUAUGACACCGACAUCUCCGGUUCGAUACCGCCCGAGCUGGGCUUGUGCUCGGAGCUGACCAAUCUUUACCUGCACAUGAACAAGAUCACCGGCUCGAUCCCGCCUGAACUGGGUAAGCUGCAAAAGCUCACUAGCCUGCUUCUGUGGGGGAAUGCGAUCGCGGGACCGAUCCCCGCUGAGCUUUCCAACUGCUCGUCUCUGGUGGUUCUCGACCUCUCUGCAAAUAAGCUCUCAGGGGAAAUCCCCGGCGAGCUCGGGAGGCUGGCUGUCUUGGAGCAGCUCCACCUUUCCGACAACAUGCUCACAGGUCCCAUCCCCGUGAAGCUAAGUAACUGCAGCAGCUUAACCACUCUCCAGCUUGAUAAGAAUGCGCUGUCUGGACCCAUUCCUUGGCAGAUUGGAGACUUGAAGGCCUUGCAGUGUCUCUUCUUGUGGGGCAAUUCCAUAUCCGGAGCCAUUCCUCCAUCUUUCGGGAACUGCACUGAGCUCUACGCGCUCGACCUCUCCAAGAAUAGGCUAACCGGGACGAUCCCCGACGAGAUCUUUAGCCUGAAGAAGCUCAGCAAGUUGCUUCUUUUGGGCAAUUCCUUGACAGGGGAGCUGCCCAAGAGUGUCGCCAAUUGCCAGUCUUUGGUGAGGCUAAGGCUUGGAGAGAACCAGCUAUCUGGCGAGAUCCCAAAGGAGAUUGGUAAGCUUCAAAAUCUCGUCUUUUUGGAUCUUUACACUAACCAAUUCCAUGGGAAGCUGCCUGCCGAGCUUGCCAAUAUCACGGUUUUGGAGCUGCUGGACGUGCACAACAAUCAUAUCACAGGAGAAAUUCCACCUCAGUUGGGAGAACUGAUGAACUUGGAGCAGCUCGAUCUUAGUCAUAACAGCUUCACUGGGGAGAUCCCUUCGAGUUUUGGUAAUUUCAGUUACUUGAACAAGCUCAUGCUGAACAAUAAUAUGCUCACCGGGUCGCUGCCGAAAUCCAUAAGGAACUUGCAGAAGCUGACCUUGCUCAAUUUAAGUGCUAAUAGCCUUUCUGGUCCGAUUCCUCCUGAGAUUGGCUCCUUGACAAGCUUGACGAUUGAUUUGGACUUGAGCUCUAACCGUUUUGUUGGAGAAAUCCCACAGGAGAUGUCCAGUUUGACUCAGUUACAAUCACUGGAUCUUUCGAGCAAUAUGCUCCAUGGAGGGAUUGCUGUCUUGGGUAUGCUCGCAAGUCUCACUUAUCUCAACAUCUCAUACAACAACUUCUCUGGUCCGAUUCCAGUGACUCCAUUCUUUCGUACUCUAUCGGCAAAUUCCUACCUUGAGAACCCAGAUCUCUGUGAAUCUUUUGAUGGAUACACCUGUUCUUCGGGCCUUGUACGUGGAACUGCUAUAAAAUCCAUAAAAACAGUAGCUCUUGUUUGUGCUAUCUUGGGCUCUGUUGCUAUGCUGUUUGUUGCAAUAUGGAUUCUGGUUAACAGGAAAAGAAAGCUAGCAGCGGAGAAAACAAUGACCUCAGCAUCCUGUGGAGCUGAUGAUUUCUCAUAUCCAUGGUCCUUCAUCCCAUUUCAGAAGUUAAACUUCACCAUCGACAACAUUUUAGAGUGCAUAAAGGAUGAGAAUAUCAUUGGAAAAGGGUGCUCUGGGGUCGUAUACAAAGCUGAGAUGCCAAAUGGGGAACUCAUUGCUGUGAAGAAGCUCUGGAAAUCGAGGAAGGAAGAGGAUCCAGUGGAUGCAUUUGCCUCGGAGAUUCAGAUUCUUGGGCAUAUAAGGCACCGAAACAUUGUGAAGCUGCUUGGUUACUGUUCAAAUAAGUGUGUUAAACUCCUUCUCUAUAACUACAUCUCCAGUGGCAAUUUACAACAGCUGUUGAAAGAGAACAGAAACUUGGAUUGGGAGACAAGGUAUAAAAUUGCAGUUGGAUCGGCUCAAGGUUUGGCCUAUCUCCACCAUGACUGUGUUCCAGCCAUUCUUCACAGGGAUGUCAAGUGCAAUAACAUACUAUUGGAUUCAAAAUAUGAAGCUUAUUUGGCUGACUUUGGAUUGGCAAAGCUGAUGAAUUCCCCCAAUUUCCAUCAUGCAAUGUCCAGGGUAGCAGGUUCUUAUGGCUACAUAGCACCAGAGUAUGGUUACGCUACAAAUAUAACAGAGAAGAGUGAUGUCUACAGCUAUGGUGUGGUCCUCCUAGAGAUUUUGAGUGGGCGCAGUGCCAUCGAACCGAUGGAUGGCGAUGGCCUCCAUAUUGUGGAGUGGGUGAAGAAGAAGAUGGGAAGCUUUGAACCUGCAAUCAACAUCUUGGAUGCAAAGUUGCGAGGCAUGCCUGAUCAGAUAGUGCAGGAGAUGCUCCAGACGCUGGGGAUCGCCAUGUUCUGCGUCAACUCAUCGCCAUCGGAGCGGCCCACCAUGAAGGAGGUGGUGGCAUUAUUGAUGGAAGUGAAGAGCCCACCAGAAGAAUGGGGAAAGACUUCGCAACAGCCACUCAUAAAGCCCGCGAACCAUGGUUGAUGGAUGGCUUUUUCUUGCUAAUUUUUCCUUCUCUUAGUUGAUCCUUUUCUGAGGGAUAUCUCAUGUGACAUGUCUUUGGUCCCUGAAAAAUGGUAGAUUUUACAAAGUUGGGAGUGGGAGGGAUGGGAGGUUUGGGGUGUUAGUUCAAUGUCGUGUUGAGAUUGUCGUACAGUUUCUUAGGAUUAUUGCAGUUUAUUUAGAGUCGCUUCAUGGAAUUCAUCCAGCAUUCUCUUUCUAAGUAACCAUGACUUCGUUUUAAAGGAGGCGGUUUGAAGAGCACCUGGACAUUGAUAAGAGAGGAUUCAUGGGAUCACAUCUGGGAGUAUCAGUCACCUUAUGGAAUGAAAGAUUAUAAAGUUGUAAACCGAUAAAAGAAAUAAAAGAUCAUGCUUUGCUUUU